GGCCUGCUGGAUAAAAGAGGCUGUUCAUGUUAGGAGUAAAGAAAGGUUCAAGUGGUCGCUUUGGGAUCCAAAAUCAAGGCACAGAAUUUGCUUGGAUCCUGUGUGUUGGUGCAAGCACUACUGAGGCAGGGUCCUCUGCAACGCUGGUGUCUAGACACAGCAAGCACUAAAUGGGGACCAGGAGCAGGAGGGCUGCCAUGGCAUGAUGCUGUGCCGGGGGAUGUUUGCCUUGCUGAGAAGCAUGCAGCGUGGACAUAGCCUGGGGUUGUGAAUGUGUCUUGCACACCCACACAGCGCUAAGAAGAAUCUUUCCAACUACUGUAUUUGAGUUGGUCUAAUAAAAGAUAUUGGAUAUAUCCAAAGAACCUUGUUUGCACACCCACAGAGUUUCAGGUCUACAUUGGAAGCUUGCAAAUUAAAAACCAAAAACCAAUCAAUUCCUGCCUUUUCCUGGGCUCCCCACCUUCUCUUCUGAAAGGGAAGGGGACAAACAAUGCUCAUCUACCUGGAAAUGGAGCACGUUUCUGUGCAGAAGCUCAAAAUCAUGUUUCAGUUUUAAAAUAGAAACCCACGGCCAGAAUCCACAAAAAGCACUCACUGCUGUCAGCUUUCCUGCUGUCAUUGAAUUGUUUGACUUUUUAACCACUUUUAAGCUCUAAGACACUGGAUCCAGAAACAGGUGAAGAGCAUGAAGGAGCUGCAAGCCCAGAUGUGCCAGUGCUACAGAGGGGAAAUGCACGGGGAGGAGUCUGAACACUUCAUCUACAGGUGGCAUUUGAUACCGUCAAAACUGCACCCUCUGCUCCAUCUAUGCUGUAGGCAGAGUACAAAGUGCUGGAGGUGGGGCGUGCUGCAAAUGCUAGCAGGUGGUUCUGCUGUGGAGGGGAAUAAUCCCAUACAUGCUUAUUCUCUUGGGCCUCCUUUUUGAUGCCUAGUCUUGUGCAGUCAGAGGAGAGUCUCUUCUGGUCACGAUAGCAGAGAACAGCCCAGCCAUGAGCAGCCUGGAUACAUUCUAUAUUGCUUUUGAGGCCAUGAUUGGGGUGUCUGCAGUGGUGGGCAAUGCCCUGGUCAUCUGCGUGGUGAGGCUGAACCCGGCUUUCCAGAACAACACCUUCUACUUCAUUGUCUCCCUGGCACUGGCUGAUAUAGCCAUGGGGCUCCUGGUCAUGCCGCUGGCCAUCGUGAUCAACCUGGGGAUCGUCAUGGACUUCUACGUCUGUCUGUUCCUGUGCUGCCUGCUGAUGGUCUUCUCCCAUGCCUCCAUCCUCUCGCUCCUGGCCAUUGCCAUCGACCGGUUCCUGCGUGUGAAGCUGCCCACCAGGUACAAGAUAGUCACCACGCGGAGGAGGAUUUGGCUGGCUCUGGGAUCGUGCUGGCUGGUGUCUCUGCUGGUGGGAUGUGUCCCCAUGUUUGGAUGGAAUCAAAAAAGCCCAGGGAGCUCCAGCAGCAUGGUGUGCCGCUACCUUGCCGUGAUGAGGAUGGACUACGUGGUGUAUUUCAGCUUCUUCGCCUGGAUCCUCAUUCCUUUGAUCAUCAUGUGUGUCCUGUAUGUUGGGAUCUUCUACAUCAUCCGCACAAAGCUAAGCCCAAAUGUGGCCGUCCCAAAAAUGACAGGAGUGUUUUACGGGAAGGAGUUCAAAACAGCUAAAUCUCUGGCCCUCGUCCUCUUCUUGUUCGCCGUGUCCUGGCUGCCCCUGUGCAUCCUCAACUGCAUUUCCUAUUUCUGUCAUGACUGUAAAAUCCCACUGCCUCUGCUGUACCUGGGCAUCCUGCUGUCCCAUGCCAGCUCAGCCAUGAACCCCAUCGUGUAUGCUUGCAGGAUAAAGAAGUUCAAGGAAACCUACAUCUUUGUUUUAAAGACCUAUAUUCUGUGCGUGAAUGCCAAUCCUUUCGUUCGUAGUGUGGAACAUACAUCAGAGCAGGCGUCUCUGAGCCAGAUCUGACUGAGCGCUGGCCCCCAUGACCUGCUGCAAUCCCUGUCCUGGUGGAUCUCCUCCAGCUGAAUAAAACCAUCUCAACCCUGGGACUGAAGCAGCUGGUCUAAGGCAGCAUUUUCUGACAUCAUCCAAGUCAGUCCUUGUGCAUUUCUUGGUUACUGUUAUUGAGCUCUAGGUAUUUAUAAUGGGAUGUGGAAGUGUCCAUCUCUAGGCUGUCAGUUUAAAUCCCUGCCCAAGGACAAUACCAAGUGUAACAUCCUACCAAAUUACCAUCCGUCUAGUGUAAAAACUUCCGAGUAUCCUGAUGGUUACUCUAACCAUAUAUUUUUCAGUUUUUUUCUAGCAUUAAAAUAGGAGCUUCUGCAACCCUUGAUUUGAGCAUAGUCUCAAAUGCCUUCCACUACCCUUACCCACUGAACUGACAUACCCCACCCAGCUUCGGAUAUGGUAAAAAUAGGCGUUGAAUUAGACCGCUAUCAUUUAACAAACUCUGAUUUCCUACGUAGUCAGGGCCCCACACAUUCAAUGGCUGCAGGAUGUAAUAGGGAGCAGGUGCUGGGCAUUUAGAUACACCGAAGUUGGAGCUGGACUAGGUGGUUUGUGCAGGGGAAGCAGUAUGGCUGCAUAACACGACACUUCAGGCAGGUGCAUUCGCCCUGCUAAAAAGUAGGGCGAAUAACACUGCUGAAGUGUCUUUGCCCAGCACUGCAUCCUGUCCCCUUGGAUGUGUUUGUAAAUCCACCACCUUGCACGGAAAGGUGUGACGUGACUCUCUGCUUUCACUCAGCAGAUAAAACAGUCCAGCACUAGUGAAGAAAACCUUGCAACAACGAACCCGGUGCAGCCAAAUUGCACGGAGAGGAGCCACCCCCCUCAUUCCUCUCAACAGAGCCGUUCCUCACGGACUUCAGAGCUAAGCUGCUAACCACGUUACGUCUCAUCGGUGAUCACUGCAGCUAACUUGCCUUUCUCACCAUCCGAAAGUAACACCUUCAUUACUGAAAGCCACGCUUACCACUCUUCAUCUUCUGAAACGCCUGAGACGUAAAUGCCUAUGAUCAUAAAUGCCGUGAAGGUUACACACACAGCCAUGUUCCCUUCCCUGCUAGUGUGGGCUGGUCAGAGGUCGGCUGGGAGAUGUGACUUCAAGUUCAAGCAGCAGGCUCAUGUGUUUUGGUCCAAACACCCUAAGGUCACCCCUUGCUGCUGGUGAAUCCAGGGCCCUGACACACAAUUUAGGUUGGCUUCCUUUGGUUGGGUGAGGGAUGGUGCGGGGUUUUGUUUCCCAUACAUGGUUGGCGGGUUCGUGCAACCCCAAAGAAUUCAGCUCAGCAUGCCGGAAAGCUGUGCUACCUUUUUGAUGGGACCCAAUGAGUAGGAGCCCACCAUGUCUUGCAAACUGCACAGAGCACCUCUGCAAAAAAACUGGGCUACGUUAUUGGCUUUCCUUGCAACCACUUCUAAAUUUAGCAAGAAAACUGGGCAGGAAGCCUGCAGACUGUAGUGUUUUAGGACCUCGCAACUAAUUAAAAUUGUGAAUAACACUGAUUGUCCAGCGUCAGAUUAAUCUCUGAGUGGAGGAACUCCUUGUGCUGUAGGUUUAAAGACUGUUGGUUUAUAAGAUGCAAAAAUAAAUCUUGCUUGUUUCCUUUUGCAAUGGCC